AUGUCAAUGCCCCACUUUCCCACCCGUGCACUUUGGCGAAAGUUGGUCACCCAAUGGGCCAAAGAGCAUGGGCUUCGUGGAGACAGCUUAUUCCUCUCGGACAUGAUGGGUCAAGAAAUACUACUGGAUCAAAGCCCUGCUGUACAAGCUGAGCCAACACUUGGUUCCCCGGUACGUGUGACGAUCGGCUUGAAAGAAGGAACCUCGUCACAGGAGGUGGAGUCCUGGAAACUAGCCGGUGGCCACCUACAUAGAGAUGAGCCUGUGCAUGCACUUUCUGAUGGCAGACAGCGCGUGCGAGUGACAGCUUGGUGUAAUGACAGCGAAAGCGUUUCCAGCUCGCUGACGUUCCGCGUGUUGCCAACUGCAGGCUUGCGAGGAUUGAUGGUGGAUUGGUGUAGCAGGCAGGGUGUAGAUCUGGCGGACGUCUCUUUCAAAAUGACGUCUGGGCAUGAGCUGACAGCGGCAGAUACGCUACAAAGCCUGAUGCCGGAUGCAACUCUCCCGCGCGAGGAUGUGAUCGACGUCCGUGCAGAGCCGAAAGGCACAGCGCGCCCCGAGUUGACCGUCCAACUGCCUGACAUGCAACUCCCCUCCGCAGUGCCAAAGGAUGGUGCAGCAAAGCCAGCCGCGCCGCGAGUUCAAGUCCGAAUCGCUGCAGAAGGGAUCUUGAGCGAGCGUUUGAGAGCAUCCACAGAUCAAGCUGGAUUGAGUUUCAAGACCAAGUUGUAUGCGCCGGUGAGUAAGGUUGCUGCUGCUUGGUGUAAACAUCACGGACUAGCCGCCGACACCAUCGUUGUUUCGUACCAGGGCCGAGCCCUUGAAAAAAGUGACACUCCAGCAACACAUGGCUGGGAAGCGGGUACAGAGGUGAUCCUAGAAGCCCUGCACGUCAGUGAUCCGCGAGCGCAACCCUCGAAAAUAUCCAAACCGCAAGCAGGGCAAGCAGGGCAAGCAAGUUGCAAGGCAAGUGAAGAGAUGUUGGAGAGGACUUCUUUGUCCAGCCAGGAGCCUGGCCAGGACCGACCUGGCCGUGCCCUGUUGAAGGUUUAUGAUGACCAGGAAUGCAUUGAGUUCUGGAUGCGACCUUCCACCACUUUCGAGCGGAUGAUGACUGCAUGGCGACAGGCACGUCAGCUCCAGCAAGGCCAGCAGGUCCGCUUUGAGCUCAAGGUGGACGAUGCCAAGGGCCUCCGCGCAGGGGACCUUGGCUCCGAUGAGACACCGGCCCAGAGAGGUUGGUCACAAGGAGUCGUGUUGAUGGUGCGUGCACACGCAGAGGUACCUCCCGCUGAUCCGAACGGCACCAUGUCCAUCAAAGUCGAAGCAGACAGCCCAAAUGGCGUGAAUGAAGUCAAGUUCAACAUGCGUCUGUCUGCACCCUUGGGGAAGAUGAUGAAGGCGUGGUGCGGACAUCAUGGGUUGGCUCUUGAGCAAGCGAAGUUCCUCUUCAACGGGAGAGCGUUGACAGCUGAGGACACUUUGAUGUCCUUGGGCUGCAGAGGCGAAGAGAUCACUUUCAGGGCUGUGCCACAUGAUGAAGAGGCUAAGGCUGCGGAGCCGCCGAAGCCCGACACAACAGAGACCUCGAAGCCAGAGCCGAAGGAGUCAAAGCAGGAGCAGCCAGAGCCAUCUGACCAGCAAAAGGUGUCUGUCAAAGUGGAGGCCGAAGGUGCUGACGGUCUGACCGAACUUCGCUUCAAUAUGCGGAUGUCUACUCCACUCGCGAAAAUGAUGCAGGCCUGGUGCGAGCACAACCAGAUUCCCACGAAGGAUGUAGAGUUCCUGCUGGGCACCACAGUGCUCAAGCCAGAGGACACGCUUUGCAGCCUGGGUUGCAUGGGCGAUGCAGAGGUGGUUUGCAGAGCU